AUGUCGAGACAAUCACAUUUUCAUAUCUUCUUGAAUCUGAAGAUACUGCCGAAUGAGUGGUUUGGUGCGGGAGCGUUGGUCAGUAGUAGCGGGUGGGGGAAACGUCACCAAGACAGCACGCCUCAACAGUAAGCGCUCAGUCUACAGCACGUGCAUUCUCGCACUGCGGCACAGGCGCUGACAACUUGCUAAACACUUCAGUGAGGUGAGAAAAGAAGCAGCGCAUUUCAAGAGGAAUAUCAAAAAUCCGUCUCUGUCGAGACUGGAACUGCAGGGAAAUCCCGUGAGAGUCGCUACAGAGAGAAUGAUGAAAUAAUUAAGUAAACCUUUAGAAUAAAUAUAUUUCUGUGAUAUGGAGUCAGAGACAGAUGUGGUGCAGGUUUCUCAGGGACUUCUGCAGGGUCGGAAAACUACAACAAAAUCAGGAGGUCCACUUUUGUGUUUCCAAGGAAUUCCCUAUGCCAAACCUCCCGUAGGUCCUUUAAGAUUUAAGCCCCCACAACCUCCGGAGCCUUGGAAUGGAAUAUAUAAAGCACAAGAGGAACCUCCAGUAUGUCCUCAGCGGGAGAAUGGAGUAUUUCGGGGGCAAGAAGAUUGCCUUUAUCUUAAUGUGUAUACUCAAGAGAUAAAUCCUCAAAACUUGAAACCAGUAAUGUUUUGGAUUCAUGGUGGAGGUUUUGUCAUAGGAUCUGGAAAUACAGAUAUGUAUGGUCCAGAUUAUUUAGUGGAUGCAGGUGUUCUGCUAGUAACAUUCAACUAUCGAUUGGGUGUCUUAGGUUUCUUGAGUCUGGAUAAUGAAGAUUGUACAGGAAACAUGGGACUAAAAGAUCAAGUAGCAGCAUUAUUAUGGGUGCAACAGAACAUUGAAUCUUUUGGUGGGGAUCCAAAUAAUGUGACUAUUUUUGGUGAAAGUGCAGGAGCUAUUUGUGUUAGUUUUCAUAUGGUAUCUCCCAUGACAAAAGGUCUUUUUCAUAAAGCUAUUGCUCAAAGUGGAAGUGCUUUAAAUCAUUAUGCUUAUACAUUUCUAAGUAAAUCCAGAUCAUUUGCUGUUGGACAACGUCUAGGUCUGAAGACAAAAGAUGAGAAAGAACUAUUCAGUUUCCUUCAAAAUGUUGAUUUAGAAAAAUUAGUGAAAGAAGCAGAGAAUAUAAUUGCCAGAGUAGAAAACACCAGUGGGCUCAGAAUUGUGUUUGUUCCAACAGUGGAGAAAGUAGUGCCAGGGCAACAACCAUAUUUGGCACAACAUCAAGAAAUUCUUCUAAAAAAUGGUCAAUUUCAUCAUGUUCCUUACAUGACAGGAACUGUUACUCAUGAGGGCAUGAUUAAUCUUCGAGCCAUUGUCAGAAAACCACAGUUACUUAAAGGAGUGAAUGAUCAUUUUGAAAAUGUUCUCCCAAGACAAAUAAGGGAUGCAUUGACUGAUUCCCAAAUUCAAGAACUGUGUAAUAAAGUGAAAAAAUUUUACUUUCAAAAUUCUCCAAUUACCAUGGACAAUGUCGCUUCUUAUUCUGAUUUAAAUACCGAUAUGCAUAUAGCAGCAGGGGUUUGUCUUGCAGCUAAAUAUGUGGCAAGAUCAUCCUCUUUUCCAGUAUAUUUCUACAAUUUUUCAUAUGACGGUUUACUAGGAUGUGGAAAGAUGUCGAUGGGACCCAAAGCUGCUAUUCUCUCAGGACCUUAUCAUGGAGAUGACCUGGGUUAUCUCUUCCGAUUAGGAUUGUACGAUCCUGAUCUGGACCCAGACUCAAAUGAAGUGAAAGUAAGAAGUAAAGUGAUAGCACUCUGGACAAACUUUGCAAAAACAGGAAAUCCAACUCCACAUCGGACUCCAGAAUUACCAAUUGAAUGGUUGCCAUUUACUCCACAAAAUGAGAGGUACCUUUUCAUUGACGAGCAACUAUAUAUGGGUACAUACCUGCGAAAUGAAAGAAUGGCAUUUUGGGAAAAUAUAUAUCAACUUGCUAAAUUAUGAACAAAAAUAUGGGUUAAAAUAGGGUACACGGUACACUCUCAGAGGCGUGGCGGCGGGGUCUCCUUAAGCCCUCCCUCAAAUUACACUACGCGCUUCGAUAAAAAAGAAAAAAAAAACUUACGGAUAGGCCAUUUUCAUGUCU